AACGACAUUUGCAUGGCGGCGGGCAGCUCCUUUGUUGUCAACGGCGGCGGGCGGCGCGCGUGCUCGCGAGGGCUGGCUGGGUGGGCGGGUGGGCGCGCGCCGCCGAGGCCGCCCCACCGCCGCCCCCGGCGACCGUUACCCGCUGAGGGACGGCGCGGCGCCCCCCGGCUCGGAGGCUGAGGGGGGACGCCGGGGAGCGCCGCUUCGCCGCCUCCUCCUCCUCCUCCUCCUCCUCCAGGCAGGAUGGUGGACCUGGACAGCGAGGUGCCUCCGCUGCCGCCGCGGUACCGCUUUCGGGACCUGCUGCUGGGCGAGCAGGGCUGGCAGAGCGACGACAGGGUGCAAGUUGAAUUCUAUAUGAAUGAAAAUACAUUUAAAGAGAGACUAAAGCUCUUCUUCAUCAAAAACCAAAGAUCAAGCCUGAGAAUACGAUUAUUCAAUUUUUCUCUCAAGCUACUAAGCUGUUUCUUAUACAUAAUUCGUGUGCUUCUAGAUGAUCCAACACAAGGACAUGGAUGUAAAGAAUUAAACCGAGGUUGUUCCAAUCAAAACUACACACCUGGAACAAUUGAUUGGUCUCCUAUUAUUUGGGUGAAUCGAAGUUUGCCUUUAUGGGGAUUACAGGUUUCAGUGGCUUUAAUAAGUCUCUUUGAAACACUGCUGCUGAGUUACCUAAGCUACAAGGGAAAUAUCUGGGAACAAAUUCUGAGAAUACCCUUCCUACUUGAAAUAAUAAAUGCUGUCCCUUUCAUCAUCACGAUUUUCUGGCCAGUCCUAAGAAACCUGUUUAUUCCUGUAUUUUUAAAUUGUUGGUUGGCAAAACACGCUUUGGAGAAUAUGAUUAAUGAUCUUCACAGAGCCAUCCAACGUACACAGUCUGCAAUGUUUAACCAAGUCCUCAUUUUAAUAUCCACCUUACUGUGUCUUAUCUUCACUUGUAUUUGUGGAAUUCAGCAUCUGGAACGAGCAGGAAACAGGUUGACUCUCUUUGACUCCCUUUAUUUCUGCAUAGUGACAUUUUCCACUGUGGGCUUUGGGGAUGUUACACCCAAGAUAUGGCCUUCAAAGCUGCUUGUUGUCAUUAUGAUAUGUGUUGCUCUUGUGGUGUUGCCCAUACAGUUUGAACAGCUGGCAUACUUGUGGAUGGAGAGACAAAAGUCUGGUGGCAACUACAGUCGACACAGAGCUCAGACGGAAAAACAUGUUGUGCUGUGUGUCAGCUCCCUGAAGAUUGAUUUACUUAUGGAUUUCUUAAACGAAUUCUAUGCUCACCCCAGACUGCAGGAUUAUUAUGUCGUCAUUUUGUGUCCUACUGAGAUGGAUGCUCAGGUCCGAAGGGUGUUACAAAUCCCAAUGUGGUCUCAGAGAGUAAUCUAUCUACAAGGCUCAGCACUAAAAGAUCAAGACCUGUUGAGAGCUAAAAUGGAUGAUGCUGAAGCUUGUUUCAUUCUGAGUAGCCGCUGUGAGGUGGACCGGACAGCAGCUGAUCAUCAGACCAUUUUAAGAGCUUGGGCAGUUAAAGACUUUGCCCCAAAUUGUCCUUUGUAUGUUCAGAUACUGAAACCUGAGAAUAAAUUCCAUAUCAAAUUUGCAGAUCAUGUUGUGUGUGAAGAAGAAUUCAAAUAUGCUAUGCUAGCUCUGAACUGUAUAUGUCCAGCUACCUCUACAUUAAUCACACUGCUGGUUCAUACAUCUAGGGGACAAACAGCACCAUGGGAAGCUUUUCGACAACUAACUGGAACCAAGCAGACUUUAAGCAGGGAGAGUCAGCAAUCACCAGAACAAUGGCAGAAAAUGUAUGGCAGAUGCUCUGGUAAUGAAGUGUAUCAUAUUAACCUGGAAGAAAGUACUUUUUUUGCUGAAUAUGAGGGGAAAAGCUUCACAUAUGCUUCUUUCCAUGCACAUAAAAAGUUUGGAGUCUGUCUGAUUGGUGUUAGAAAGGAAGAUAACAAAAACAUUUUGCUGAAUCCAGGUCCUCGGUAUAUCAUGAGUUCUACAGAUAUAUGCUUUUAUAUAAACAUCACCAAAGAAGAAAAUUCUGCUUUUAAGAACCAAGAAAAGCAUAGAAAAAGACAUGAAUCAAAAUUAUCAUAUCAUGGAGCUUCUAGGUUGCCUGUACACAGUAUAAUAGCCAGCAUGGGGACAGUGGCUAUUGAUUUGCAAGACACAGGAUGUCGAACGUCCAGCGGACCUACACUAGCUCUUCCUUCCGAGGGAGGUAAAGAGGGCAGACGGCCCAGUAUAGCACCUGUUUUGGAAGUUGCAGACGCAUCCUCACUUCAGACAUGUGACCUGCUAAGUGACCAGUCAGAAGAUGAAACUACCCCAUCGGACGAUGAAGUCUCUGCAGGCUUAGAGUAUGCCAAAGGCUAUCCUCCUUACUCUCCUUAUAUUGGAAGCUCUCCCACAUUUUGUCACCUUCUGCAUGAAAAAGUACCCUUCUGUUGUCUAAGAUUAGAUAAGGGGUGCCAGCAUAACUACUAUGAAGAUGCCAAAGCCUAUGGAUUCAAAAAUAAGUUGAUUAUAGUUGCAGCAGAAACUGCUGGAAAUGGCUUAUAUAAUUUUAUUGUGCCACUCAGAGCUUAUUACCGACCGAAGAAAGAACUAAAUCCCAUUGUAUUACUCCUGGAUAACCCGCCAGAUAUGCAUUUUCUGGAUGCAAUCUGUUGGUUUCCAAUGGUUUACUACAUGGUGGGCUCUAUCGACAACCUAGAUGACUUAUUAAGAUGUGGGGUCACCUUUGCAGCUAAUAUGGUGGUGGUGGACAAAGAAAGUACAAUGAGUGCUGAGGAAGACUACAUGGCAGAUGCUAAGACUAUUGUAAAUGUUCAAACACUUUUUAGGUUGUUCUCAAGCCUAAGCAUUAUCACAGAACUAACUCACCCAGCCAAUAUGAGAUUCAUGCAGUUCAGAGCCAAAGACUGCUAUUCUCUUGCUCUAUCCAAAUUGGAAAAGAAAGAGCGGGAGAAGGGAUCUAAUUUGGCGUUUAUGUUUCGACUGCCUUUUGCUGCUGGCAGGGUUUUCAGCAUCAGUAUGUUGGACACACUGCUAUAUCAGUCAUUUGUGAAAGAUUAUAUGAUUUCUAUCACAAGACUUCUGCUGGGACUUGAUACCACACCAGGAUCUGGGUUUCUUUGUUCUAUGAAAAUCACAGAAGAGGAUCUGUGGAUUAGGACAUACGCCAGACUAUAUCAGAAACUUUGUUCUUCUACAGGAGACAUUCCAAUCGGAGUCUAUAGGACAGAAUCUCAAAAGCUUACAACAUCUGAGUCACGAGAAACGGCUUCACAAUCUCAAAUCUCUAUUAGUGUGGAAGAAUGGGAAGACACUAAAGACACCAGAGAGCACCUUAAUUAUCGCAGUAAUCAUCGUAACUCAACAUCUAGUGAUCAGUCUGAUCAUCCUUUGUUACGACGAAAAAGCAUGCAGUGGGCCCGACGGCUGAGCCGAAGAGUACCAAGACACUCUGGUAAAACAGCUGAGAAGAUAAGCCAGCAGCGAAUGAAUCUUUAUAGGAGAUCAGAAAGACAGGAACUUGCUGAACUUGUGAAAAAUAGAAUGAAACACCUGGGCCUUUCUCCAGCAGGAUAUGAUGAGAUGAACGAUCAUCAGAACACCCUUUCUUACAUCCUGAUCAAUCCUUCUCCAGAUACAAGAUUAGAGCUCAAUGACAUAGUAUACUUGAUCCGACCUGAUCCCUUGGCUUAUGUUCCAAAUACAGCACCCAGCCGAAAAGACAGCUUCUGCAAUACAGUGGGACAAGAUACCAGGGAGGAAACACAACUUUGAUAUGUAAUUCAUCACAAAAUUAAAAGACACUUUUAUACAAACACAGUUUCCACCAACCAUUUUGAAAACUGAGUGGUACAUUUUAUUCAGAUUUUGGAAUCAAAUUGACAGUGGGUAAGUCACCAACUUUAGAAACAUGAUCUCUAGAAAUUCUAAUUUUAGUGAUUGUCAGGCUUAUGGCCUGUUCCAAUAUAAAGAUAUGAUGAAAGAAGUGAUAGAUUCCAACAUAUGUUUCACUUAGAAGCUUCUAUGCAUAUUUAUCAAGGUGAGAGCAUGCCAGUGACUAAGCUCCUGAUGUACCUCCUCAAAGAUUAUCUGAUGCCCAUAGACAGAUGAUGCAUAAUUUGUAGCGGAAAAUAUCUUAAUACCUAAAGGUGCCAAUGAGGCUGUAUGCAUCAAGAAUCCAGCCUUUGAGAUAAUAUUCAAGCUUAGCUUGACACCUACGUAUAUUAGAAAAGCCUAGCUUGGUCCCAUUGCCUCUGGGACUUCAGUGUAUGUUCUGUGGGCUUACAGAAUGACACAGCUUAGUCACACUCAUAGAGGUUCAGAUCUGGGGCACAUUCACUGAAAAAUUAGCCCAGAGGAGCCCACCUGGAAGCAAUUCCCCAUCAUCUCACACAGGCAUUUCAAAAGGUAGCAUUUUGUAGAGCAACUGAAUCGGGACUUCUUUAUUAGGGAUACAGAAACCAUACAGAAACAGCCCCCCUAUCUGCAAAACCUGGAAAGGUACUGUAUGUGAAACUGCAAACAAUGGUAGCUCAGGUGAAAAACAACCCUUUUAACCUCAGUGAGCUGUCAAAGAGAAGCCUUAGUAGAUAAUACAGAAGAGAGAACAUCGCUCUAGGAAACAAUUCAUAUCACAGAGCCUUCCUGUCUCCAUGAUGAUGACAGAACUGCAACUGUCCAAAGUAUGCAUAUGCCCAGUCAGGUUACCCAAAUAUGAUAAAUUUUAUAUGAAAUUAUGUAUCAUGUUGAAAAUGAGAGAAACUUAUUACCCAUUCCAUAAAACAAGUGGAAUACUGCAUUACAUGAAAAGCACCAUGGAUUUGAAGGCUCAGUUUUGGCAGUAAAUACACAAGAAAGCAUCUAAUAGUGUAUGAAACACCUGAAGCUGCUACAGAAUCUUCAGUCUACACAUACAAGAACCCCAGAAUUUUUGCUCAAAUCUUCUACAGAGGAAACAUGACUGUGUACGAUCUUCCAAAAUCACAUGCUUGCUUUGCCAUCAAUCACAAAGGGGAAAGAGCAUCCUUAAGGUAAAAACUCUACUGCUACAAUAAUCCAUGCAGAACUGUGCAAGAAAUUUGACGUGCAGACUACAGUGAAGAGACAGAUUAUUCUUUGAAUUUCCGUGAUGUCUUACAUGUACAAAAAUAAUCCACUCAAAAAAUACAUUAUGUUCUGUAUUACUCAGAAAACCAACUACAUGGCAGAUUUUGUUCUGAAAAAUAAAAUGCCAAGUUGCCCAAAGAAAAACUCAUGGAUGAUAUUAUGCUUAUAAGCAUUGUAAGAAUGUUGCAAUUACGCUUAUUAGCAUUGUAAGAAUGCUGAAAUCAAAUCACAUUCAUAUUAGGAAUGACAAAAAAUAUUAUUUCUUCUCUUCCUCUUAAUACUACUGAAACUUAACAGUUCCAUAUGGCUUUAAGAUUAGUGACUUACAAAAAAACAGAGGCUUUAGAGUAGACUGAAGUUGUCAGAACACUAGCACAAGAGUUCUAGUUCUAAGAGGAAAUUUCACUACUGAAAAUUAGUACAACUGUUAUUCACUACCGAAAAUCAGUACAACUAUAGGUUCUAUACAUAUCUAGUAUAAGGAUCAAGGGGCAUAUGUAAUUCAUUUUGACAAAUCAGUUAGAACAAAGUAUGUAAGUUCAUUUUUCAGUUGGUCUCACCUAUUAGAAGUUAACUCUCAAUGCUACAGUUGCUGCCUCCUACAUCAGUAGGCAUGUUUGCAAGCUCUCUGUUCUGUCUGGGGACAGCAAGGCACGCAGAAUAUCUUUAGCACUUCAUUUUUCUCUACUUAGAAGGGAAAUUCAGUGCCAAUGAAGGGACUUUCCUAGAAUGCAACUGAGCCAUUGAAACAACUUUCUGAAACAACUUUCCUUAGCGACAAUUUUAAUUACUUAUUGGAUAGACUGUUGGUUUCUAGAUAGAUGCUUUAAUCAAGAAUGCAUAUCGCUUAUGCUUCAGUAUUUAUACUAGUUUGCCUAUGUAGCAUCCAAAUAAAUUAUUCAUAGAUGCUACCUACACUUACAUUUCUGAAGAUUGAUAUAGACCAUUAACAAUGACAGGAAUCCUGCUUACAUCUAGGACAUACCUAUAUCUCACAAUGCUAGCGAGAAAGGUAGUAAGUUAUCUAAAUGUGUAUCAGAGCCAACUAUUGCCCGUUUAAGUAAGCACCAUUUCAGCAAAACCAAACUUCAUAAGAAUAAUUGUUUUAAUACAUAUAAAGUCCUAAAUGUGUCAAGGGUUAGUUAAGCAGAGCCCCAAAGCAGCAAUACUAAGGAACCUGUGUUUUUUCCACAGUGGCUGCAUGUGGAAUCAUUGAAAUUCAAAUAAUUCAGAGUUGCCAUUAAGCUACAUUCCACUAAAGUUUUUAUAUGGGUCUCAUGUCAGGCAUCCCCCCACUCCAUCCCCACUACUUGUCUUCAGGGCUAUUCUCCAACCACACACAGGAUGAGGCUUCAUAUAAGAGGGCCUGGAGACAGUCUCGUUAUUAAUUGGAGCCAGAAGUAACGCAUUCCAGUUAGGUGUCCAGAGACCAUGAAUGUAGAAGAGGCAGAAAACUAACUCUAGUCUGAGCCAGCCAUUUAUACAAAAUUAGGAGAGCUUCAGGUGUCAGCUAGAGACAGCACAUAGGAAGUAGAUCUUGUCACUCUCCCAAGAAGCAAAAAUAGUUGAAUCCAGUCUUUAUAUUAAUAAGCACUGAGAUUUGAAAAUGUUUUUACUUCCUACCAGACACCUAAAAUGAAAGUAGAAUAGAACUAUGACCAUCUUUUAAAUGCUUCUAGAC